GAGAUUCAGAUUUGCACCUUGGUUUGGCCCAGCAUUGCAGGAGAAAUACUUUGGGAUGUGACCUUUGCCAUUGUUUUCUUUCUAAUACCAGGAUUAGUCAUUGUCAUCAGUUAUUCCAAAAUCUUACAGAUUACAAAAGCAUCAAGAAGGAGUUUAAAUGCUGGUUUAGCCUACUCAGAAAAUCAUCAGAUACGUGUUUCCCAGCAAGACUACAAACUAUUCCGAGCCCUCCUUGUGCUGAUGAUCUCUUUCUUCAUCAUGUGGAGCCCAAUUAUCAUAAUUACUCUUUUAAUUUUAGUCCAGAAGUACAAAAAAGAUUUAAAUAUUUUGCCACCAGUUUUCUUCUGGAUAGUGUUAUUCACUUUUGCCAACUCCGCUGUCAAUCCAAUUUUGUAUAAUGUUGCCCAUUUCAGACGUAAAUGUCAGGAAAUUCUUCUCUGUUGUACCGGGAACCCUGUAAGGCAUGGGGCUGGUACAGAAACCACUGCAAGAAAAAGUAACCAUGAACAAUGGAACAAUUUGUCUUUCAUUACCAGAUAAUUAUUUAAAGGCUGAGCUGUGCCACACAUUGGAUGUUAAUGUCUACACUAUCCCAGGUUGAA